AUGGCCCCGAAGAAGAAAGGGGGGCGCAAGAAAGAGGACGCCCCCAAAGAACCGGAGACGUUGAUCGAAAUAGUGCCUGAGCACUGCCGAGAGUUUUACUUGAUUCAGAUCCGGGAUUUGGAGGGAAGAUUGGCCCGAUACCAGAAAAAAUGGGACGAGCUGCAGGUGAGCGAAGACCUCUUCCGGCUCGAGUAUGACAAGAUAGUCAGAGACAACAAGGAGAUUGUGGCCUUUCUGAAGAAGACGCUGAACCAGCGUGUUGAUGAGAUCGCGGAUCUCAGCGAGCAGCUUCAGAACCUGCAACUUGCCAAAGACACAGAGAAGGAUGCCUUUGAGACCCAGCUGGUCCAGCUGAGGCACGAGUUCCAAGAGACCAAGGACCAGCUCACUUCGGAGAACAUGGUGCUAAGUGGCAAGCUGGCUUCUCUGGAGGAGUUCAGGGUCCAGAAGGAUGAACUCAUGGGCCGAUUUGCUGAUUUGGAGGAGCAACUGAAGAAACAGGAGGCGGAUCACAAGGAGUAUAUCUACAACCUGGAGAAGAAAGCUGUGGUAGACAAGGAAAGGCUGAAGAAGGAGAUGCUGUACCGGGUGAACUUGGUGGCGACCGAGUUCCGGAAGGUUUCCAACAGCCAGAUGGCGGAGACCACCAAGCGGGCCAUCCGUGAGAACUCCACCAUCAGCCUCCAGCUGACGAAGGUCACCGACCAGAGCCUGCAGCUCAUGCAAGAGAAUGAGCGACUCAAGGAAGCCUGCGCAGAACAGACAAAGCAGCUGGCCCUGCUGGAGCACAACGAGAAGAGACUGGCCAAGAACAGCCUCAGUAACCAGAAGCUGAUCAAGAUGCUCACCAACAAAUGCAAGGAACUGGAGGCACAGGUGGAGGCCCACGCGCAUCAGCAGAAGGCCAUGACUGAACUGAAGAAGGCCAAAGAAGCGCUGGAGAAGCAGGCCGUGAUGGUCAAAGAAGAGAUGAAGAAGCAGAAGAAGGAGAUGGAACAGACACUGACUGACCACCAGCGCCAGGCCAGGCUCCUGCAGGAGGAACAGCAGCGCCGGAAGGCGGUGGAGCACAUACUGAGACACACUGCCCAGGGCCUUAGGGAGAUUCUCUUGGAACGUCCAGUUGUGGAAGAGGACGGCCAGUUCGACUUGACAUUCCACUUGUGGCGCAACGACAUGCUGCAGGGCCUCCUGAACCUUCUGAACAAAGGUGUUGCGCGGGUCGAGGAGCAACUGGCGCUCCAGCCCUUCCUAAGUGUCGGCACGGAGAUGAAGCUGAACGCUACAGAGGACAGCAGCCAUGGACAGAGCCUCAUGCAUCUCAAGGCCUCCCGCAUCAUGUCGCACUGCCAGCUUAGCAAGUCCUCGAAGUCCUGGCAUGUCCACAGCAUGCCCACCCUGACCAUGCUCUCUGAGGCCACCCUUAUGGAACCUCUCCGCGCUUACUCGAGCGCCACGGAGCCUCUAAUAUCAUGGAAGCAAGGUGAGGAAUUCAAAGACAAAGAGAUGGUGGUCAGGGAGGUAACUUAUCGGUCAGAGACCGUCUUGGCAUGCCCCUCAGAGGGACCCCCCCGCAAGACUGGAGAGGAGGGAGAAGCUGAUGAACUCUCGCCGGCUGCUGAGUCCCCCCUCUCUGAGAGGACAACGGCAGGCGAGGAUGGAUCGUGA